AUGUCCAUCCCCACCACCCAGAAGACGCUGCUCCUCCGCGAGGAGAGCACCCCCUAUGAGGUCGCGGAGACCGCCGUCCCGCGCCCGGGGCCGAAGGACGUCCUCGUGCAGAUCUUCGCCUGCGCCCUCAACCCCGUUGACCACGCCAUCGCCCAUCCGCCGCUCUCCAGGAUGUUCAUAAAGGCAUGGCCCUUCGUCCCGGGGAACGAUGGCGCGGGUGUCGUCGUCGAGCUCGGCGCGGAGGUUACUAACGUCAAGAAAGGCGACAAGGUCCUUUUCCAGGGAAACUGGAUUGCUCCCGAGGCGACCUGCCAGCAAUAUGCCGUCGUCCCUGGCGAGCUCACCGCCAUAAUUCCUGAUAACAUCACCUUCGAGCAGGCUGCAACAAUCCCGCUUGCGCUCGCCACCAACGUUAUGAGCCUCUACAACCAGUCUCCCGCUGCCGAGAAUGCCUCUCUCCGCCUGAAGCCGGUCUGGGAGGCUGAGGGCGCGACCGCGUACGCUGGCACCCCCGCCUUCAUCGUCGCCGGCGCCACGUCCGUGGGGCAAAUCUCCAUCCAACUCGCGCGCAUGGCAGGGCACAGCCCGAUCAUCGCGACAGCGUCGCUGCACAACGCGCCGCUGCUCAAGUCUCUCGGAGCCACACAUGUCAUCGACCGGUCGCUCUCGAAGGAAGCUACCUUGGCCGAACUCUCUACCCUCCUGGGCGGAAAGUCCCUGGACUACGUGUUCGUUGCGCUGCUCGACGCAGAGGCGCUCCGCCUUGGUCGCGAUGCCCUCGCGCCCGGGGGCGCCCUCGCGACGGUCUCGCCCGCGCCGCAGCGCAUCCCCGAGGAUGUUGCAAACCUGGGCCAGGGAAAACGCAUCAGCUACGUGUUUGGGAGCCCGCGCCCGUCGCACAACCGGGAGAUCGGCGUUGCGCUGUACAAGCAGCUCACCGGGUGGCUGGAGAAGGGGCUUUUGAAGCCGAACCCUGUGGAAGUGUUGCCGAACGGGCUGGCUGGCAUCAACGAGGGUCUCGCACGCCUUAAAGCGGGCAAGGUGUCUGGCACGAAGCUGGUGGCUCACCCUCAGGAGACAGUUUGA